UAUUUUCGAAAAAUAUGGAAUUUUGCCGUAAACUACCAAAAGUGGAACUCCAUGCUCAUCUUAAUGGUUCAUUGAGUCAUUCAACUAUGCUGCAGCUCAAGAGGUAUCAUGCAGAUUCUGGUCUAACUGAUAACACCGAUGCUUUCUUUGAUGAAUUUCAAAUCGCAGCUGGUGACACUAGAAACUUGAAACAGUGUUUUCAAGUAUUCCGCAUUGCUCAUUCUUUGACGACAACUCCCGAAGCCCUAACUUUGGCCACGCACCUAACUUUACAAGAAUUUCAAGACGAUGGUUGUUGCUACAUCGAGUUACGAAGUACACCUCGUGAUACUCCACACAUGACUAAGAAGCAAUACAUCGAAGCGAUAAUUUUAGCAAUGUUGCAUACUCCUGCAAAUAUGACAAUAAUAUCACGCUUGAUCGUGUCUAUUGACCGAAGAUUUAAUUUUGCGGAAGCUCAAGAAAUCACCGAUUUAGUAAUUGAAUUUCAUAAAUUAUACUCAUCUGUAGUGGUAGGGAUUGAAAUUAGCGGUGAUCCUUCCGUGGGAAAAUUCCAAACCUUCGUGCCAUUGUUAGAAAAUGCAAAGAAUGCCGGUUUAAAGGUAACAUUGCACUGUGGAGAAGUCUGUAAUCCUGAUGAAGUUCAAGAAAUGUUGGAUUUUAACCCCAACCGCAUUGGACAUGGGACCUGUAUUCUACCACGACUGGGAGGAAACGACUCUACAUGGAACACUUUAUGUAUUAAGAAAACGCCAGUUGAGGUAUGCCUUACAAGCAAUGUGAAUACAAAAUCCAUAGCAAAUUACGAGUCUCACCACUUUAAGGAACUAUUUGAUGCUGGAAUUCCGAUUAUAAUUUGCACUGAUGAUAAAGGGGUGUUUGCGACUUCAUUGUCUCAAGAAUACCGAUUAUGUGCGGAGACUUUUAAAUUGGAUAAUUCUCAACUGGCGCAACUAUCACAUCGUGCUUGCCUUUACAUUUUUGAUGAGACAUCAAGAAAAACCGUUUUAGAUAAAUUAGAACAUUUUAUCACUCAUAAUGAUUUACAUCUGCAAUAAACGAAUAUCCUUCUACAUGUUUCUGUAGAUAAUAAACAUACAAGCUUAAGCUUUCAUAA